CUCUCGCCGCGGCUACAGCAGGACCCUUCUUUGCCUUCGCCACCGCUCCACGCGUGCACAUCCCUACAAUGGCUAAAACAGCAAUGGCCUACAAGGAGAAAAUGAAGGAGCUGUCCAUGCUGUCGCUGAUCUGCUCAUGCUUCUACCCGGAGCCUCGCAACAUCAACAUCUACACCUAUGAUGACAUGGAGGUGAAGCAGAUCAACAAGCGAGCCUCUGGCCAAGCUUUUGAGUUGAUCUUGAAGCCACCAUCUCCCAUCUCAGAAGCUCCACGAACUUUAGCUUCUCCAAAGAAAAAAGACCUGUCUCUGGAGGAGAUCCAGAAAAAGCUAGAGGCUGCAGAGGAAAGAAGAAAGUCUCAGGAGGCCCAGGUGCUGAAACAAUUGGCAGAGAAGAGGGAGCACGAGCGAGAAGUCCUCCAGAAGGCUUUGGAGGAGAAUAACAACUUCAGCAAGAUGGCGGAGGAGAAGCUGAUUCUGAAAAUGGAACAAAUUAAGGAAAACCGUGAGGCUAAUCUAGCUGCUAUCAUUGAACGUCUGCAGGAAAAGGAGAGGCACGCUGCGGAGGUGCGCAGGAACAAAGAGCUCCAGGUUGAACUGUCUGGCUGAAGCAAUGGCGGGUAUGGCACGCCCCUCCCAUAGUAAAUCCCUCUGCCUAUAUUAUAAUGGAUCAUGAGAUAUCAGUAUGGGAAAUGUAUGACAUGGUUUAAAAAGAACUCAUUAUUAAAAACAAAACAAAAAACAGAAUCAAAAAUAAAAUAAAAUCAAUG